UGCCCAGACAAAAGACAGAAUACAAAAUGAGAGAUGCUGCAGCUUUUGUGAAAGAUUGUAUCAUCCCAACUAUUUGAGAUAAGAUAAGCCUUCAGUUGAUAGGCGUGACAAAGGAGAUAACUGCAGGUGACGUGUUCCACUUAGCACAAAGCCAUCGUUAUUCCACAUGGCCAAGAAGCUACACUCGCUCAUCGUUUACACGGAUAGAUAAGCUUAUCCCGACCCAGUCUGCGCUAUUCUAACCAUGGCGACCGACAAACAUGGACUAACGCUGAAGAGGGAGGUUGGGAUUAUCGGAGGGAUAUCUUUCAUCGCUGGGACCAUGAUAGGUUCAGGGAUCUUCAUAUCACCCCAGUACGUGAUGUCCGCCGUCGGCAGUCCGGGGGCCAGCCUGCUGAUCUGGGCGUCCUGCGGGCUGAUCGCCAUGCUGGGCGGCCUCUGCUAUGCUGAGCUGGGAACAGUCAUUCCAGAGUCUGGUGGGGAAUAUAUCUACAUGCUGAGGACAGCGGGCAGAGUGGUGGCCUUCAUGUUUGUCUUCACUUUUGUGACGGUCAUGAGAUCCGCCAGCGCCACGGGAAUUGCCUUGAGCUUUGCCGAAUAUGCCGUGGCUCCUUUUUUUCCAGGCUGCCCACCUCCACAGAUGCUGGUGAAGUGCGCAGCCGCCGGAGCCAUCAUCCUUCUGGCCUCGGUCAACUGUCUUAGCUCUCGCCUGGCCACCGUCAUCCAGGUGGUCACCUUGGUCGUCAAAGUGCUGGCACUGACGCUGAUCGUAGUGGUUGGAGUGGUAAUGCUCUUUGAGAAAGGCACCGGGAACUUUGAGAACGCAUUUGAAGGAACCCACUUGCAGGUCAAGUCCUUUGGCAUUGCUUUCUAUCAGGGCUUGUGGUCUUAUGAUGGCUGGAACACUUUGAAUUAUUUAACGGAGGAGCUCAAACAUCCAGAAGUCAAUCUUCCAAGAGCAGUCAUGAUUGCCAUCUCGCUGGUGACCGGCUUGUAUCUGCUGGUGAAUGUCAGCUACCUGACAGUAAUGACGCCCAAAGAGCUUAUUUCAUCCAGUGCGGUUGCGGUCACAUGGGGGAACAAGGUUUUGGGAUCCUGGGGAUGGAUCAUGUCAUUAGCUGCCGCUUUGUCCGCUUUUGGGUCGCUGAACGGGACGUUCUUCAGCGGUGGUCGAGUGUGCUUUGUCGCUGCACGGGAAGGACACAUGCCCAAUAUUCUGUCCAUGGCUCACGUGCACAGACUGACUCCCUCUCCAGCGCUCAUUUUUACCACCGUUGUCUCUUUGCUGGUGCUCAUCCCCGGAGACUUUCAGAGUAUUGUCAAUUUCUUCAGUUUCACCGCCUGGUUUUUCUACGCCAUCACAUUUUCUGGCCUCCUUUACCUCAAGAUUAAGAAGCCAGAGCUUCCGAGGCCAUACAGGGUUCCCAUCAUACUCCCCAUAUUGGUCCUCAUCGCAGCAGUAUUCCUCGUGCUGGCCCCCAUCAUUGACAAUCCUCAGAUAGAAUACCUCUACGUGACGUUAUUCAUCUUCAGCGGAGUCAUCGUCUACAUCCCUUUCAUUCAUUACAAGCUAUGCCCAAACCUGUUAACCAAGCUGACCAUAUUCUUGCAGCUGUUUUUAGAGGUGGCCCCAGCAGAGAAAAACCUGUGAUGUAGACGGAAAGUUUUUUUUUUUUUUACAUCUUCUCCUCAUGCCAGCCAUUCCUUUUAGCUGGUAUGUAUAGCACAGAAUGUGUGGUUGAUUUCCAACCUGGGUUUUGAAAUUGAAACACCAAUUCAGAUGCUGUACAUGAUGAACCGUUUUAUUAAAUAACAAUU